CAGCGUCCACCGUGGAGCGCUGUCCCUCAGACCCACGUCUCUCUGCCGGACUGGACACGUCUGUGGAGCGUCUGAAUCCACGGACCAAACCCACAGACGGUUAGAGUGGAACCGCGGUUCUGACCCGCAGAACAACCCGUCCUGGACCAGAAUGACUCACGUCCAGAGGUUCCAUGGAAUCCCCAUGUCAAAGUCGAUGAGAGGUCUGUGUAAAGAAGAGGACUACGUCUUCCUGGGGACAGACAGGACCACCGCAGACAAGGACGCAGCGGAGACACUAGAGGGAGACAGAGAGAGAAGCAAAGACAGACUCCGCCGACGACUGCAGAGAGAAGAAGAAGAAAAAGAGAGGGUGAGAGAAAUGGAGGAGAAGAAGAAGGAGAAGGAGGAGCAGUGGAGGAGUCACGUAGAAGAAAUGACCUGCAGCCAGAAGACCAACCUUCAGGAACGUCUGUCCAGAAUCAGAAGAUUCAGGCAGAGGUUCCAGAGGAGGGUGUUGGGGGAGGAGCCAGGACUGGAGAGUGGAGAACGAGACCACAUUCUCAACCAGCUUCUCACCAGAAUGUAGAUCAGGAGAUGUUCGCAGGUUUACAGACGUUUCCUGGACCAUCUCUGGACUGACCAGUCGUGGUCUUCAGCUGCUCAGAUCUUCAGGUUGUCGCUGGUCACCUGGUUCGCCUCCUGGUCCAGAGCGUGGAGCGACUCUCCCUGGACCUGCCUGACCUCC